AUGAAACCCGUAGGCGCCCGUGGUGAUACUGGUUCAUAUGUGUUGGAAGUGCCCUAUGCGAUCUCUUUGAAUGAUCGAAAACGGUUGCGAAUUCUCACAUUGCAAAAUGGAUCGGCCACCUUGGCCUACGAGUUGGUGGCCGAUUCAAACCAAUGGGAAGCGCUGGAGGCUGCAAAACAGGGUGACCGGAAAUGCAUUCGGCAAACACAAAUCCUUUCCAUGACUGCCAGAGAGGUAGAUGAGGAAAUGGAAAAGAGUCAGAAUAAAAUUAAUCAGUACAAAAAGUGGAUACGUGAAUUAAGGUGUAAACAGGAUGAGUUGAAGGAUGAAGCAGAACGUGAAAGGAUUGAAGGCUGUCACUACAUCAUGCGUCACAUUGCAAAAGUGAGCCAGGAGAAUAGCAAAUUAGCCGGUUCAACCGCUUUACACCUCAAGGUUGCAAUGAAUGGGGAACAGGAAAAUCCACGGUGGUUUGACGUUUAUUUCGACCUGGAGAAAGCGAUGCGAUUAACCACUGAUGGUGGACACCUGAUGCGCAUGCUCCUCGAUCAGAUAUCACAAGCGGCAUUUGUUGCCAACGGGCCGAGCAGCGGAAAGUUUGGUCUCAUUCAACGUCUGUUUCACGAAGAUGGCCAGGAGGUCACGAGUGUAAGGCAUUUGGAACAAGAAGACGUUCUGUUUGCAUCGUACGGAGAAAAGUGGCUGACUCAACGAGAUUAUUCCCUUCAAAUCGCUUUAUUCCAAGUAAUACAAAGCGAUACGAGUGCAGUACAGUUGGAACCAGUGGACUAUGACUUGUUGAAAUCCUCCAGCUGGAAAACAAUUCAGUCGGCAUCUGAUGAGGAUGACAUGCAGCUGGUAUAUCGAGACCAGUAUGGACUAACGGCAAACAAUCAGCCAUGUGACCGUUUCCCGAAUCCAAUUUCGUCGUCCGACUCACCUGCAGCGAACUCUGGAAAAGGCCCGUUGGAUCAGUUUGUAUUACUGCAAAAUGUGACAGAGUUCGAUACGGUUCUACUUCCCUUGGCUAUGGUCGACUCAAAACGUUCCACCGCAGAAGCAAAUCGUACUGGACUAUGGCAACUAUCGAAAUCUGGUUAUAUUCGACCCAAACCUUCCGUGUGUAGCCUUGUACUUGGGAUUAUUUCGAACGGUGGCACAAUACGCGGCAUGAUUCCACAAGACAAUCUCCAAAAAAGUGUUGCCGAAUCGGGGCCAAAACUUGUCGAGUGUUUUAGAGUGGGUCUUGUCCCACAAGACGACGGAAACCCGUGGCAACGUUGGCAGUUCGAUACCGAUGGCUAUUUACACAGUGAGGGCGAUGAGAAACAAGUACUCACAUGUCUACAACAUCCUGCAGAAGUCAAAUCCGAUUGUUCGAGUCCUUCAGACCUUGAUGAGGAAGAAGUGAAAACUCCACCCAACAGCUCAGAGCCGUUGGUUCUACGAACGGGGCUAUUUGUGGCCGCAUGCAAACCACUGGAUCGUACACAUGAUUCCUGUCAGCGUUGGGCUUUUAAACAGGAACGUUGGAGUACCUUUGGUCAGUGGCGCUAUUCCUAUGUAGAUAAUCCGGAAUGGCACCGUAAGGCACUCACGUGGCCUAUCGAUCGAAAUGGAGAACCAAAUGAAUCACUAAUUUGGCCGAUAGAAGGUCAACUGAUACCAUUUGUACCACCGUUGAACCCUGUCCGGGGUCAGCCUGGCAGUCAAGCAGGCAAGUCGGCUCUUCUCCCAGAUACGAACUUGGCAUGUAUCCCCAAAAGGUUGCGUGUUCUCAAAAAUGGUGAGGCAGACCAAUCAAAAGCCAUUUUUGUAACAGGUCCGAAUAUCACAAACAAAGUCAAACGCAAGAAAAACAAUCGAUCAACGAAAGUUGAAAGACCGGAAUCGGGAAAUGGCGAUGAACAACAUAGUGAGCAAAAGAGGGAUUGUGAGAAAGCAUCAGAACCCAAAUUACAUUGCACGGGAACUUCCGUAUCUGAAUUCGAAUUCACUGUGCUACUCCUAUUCUCCACAGAUGCGGAAGAGGAGUUUUUAGACAGAUGCACGAGCUCGUUGCACAUGAUCUCGGCCGCAAGGCGUGUGUUUGACGAGGACGGGAUUGAGCACUGGUCUCUGGACAAUCUCAAACGUGACCAGCUUGUCUAUAUCACAGCUGGUGAGCCGUUUAUCAAUGUGUGUCGGGUACAACAAGAAGCCAAACUGCGCGCAUUUUUCAAUUCCCUAACUCCCAUAAUUGAGCGCGCUGCUCGCUACGUUUCACUGGUUGAUCAAAUGGAGAAAGAUUGGGUACUCACUCUCUAUCCAUCGUUAUCGGAUGGUGCCUAUCUGACACUUCAACCACCCGCCCCCCGUAUUUUGUCCGUGUUGGACGAAGACGGACAGGUCAAUGUGAACACGGACACUGUGGCCAAGACCCAGUUUGAGAGCAGUAGCGCACAUCAACGAGCAUGUCAUGCCUCGGAUCUGCGUUGGGCGGAGUUUCAACGUCAGCGAUUCGAAGACCAAAAUCAGGCAGAUGACAAGCAAAACCUGCCAACUCGAGAAAACUCCAGCGAAACAAAUGACUCAGCACAAAAGCGUCGUUCGCGGAAAGAGGAUUUGCAACGUUUUGCCAUUACUGCAGAUGGAACUAUUUAUCCACAAGCCAAUCCCACCAUGGCCCUUACCAUUAUUCCCGGACUGGAUAACAGCAAGUCCCAAUUGGAACUGAAAAAACGGAGAUUUGGUGACGAGCUACAGCGAUUUAAGCUCAGUUCGAACGGAUUCAUUAUUUCUGGUCCAUACGUUAUCACAUGUGAACUUCCAAGUAGUAUUCGCACGGCGAAACAGCCGAUCGUUUCGGAGAUGACUGUUUGCCUGGCCAGCCCGAUCCGGACUCGAUUUGGACGGGCGUAUCAAAUGGCCCAAUUCGAUCCUCACUCCGGACUAAUCUACAUGAUGGCCACAACUUCUUUAGAUCGAGCAGGGGGAGAUAAUUUCGGUGAAACUGGUGCCCUUGGUCCAUUUCAAGGUGGAUAUUUGGAUUUGUCAACGUACGAAGCACGGUGGAGUGUACAACAUUGGCAAAAACAAUUAUCGAUCGAUUUAUCGAAUUUGAAAGCAAUGCGACGUAGGCAUGCUGCCAUUAGGAAGGAAUUGACUGGGCCAGCACGUACUGGUUCCGUCAAAUUAUUGGUUUACAACAAUGGGGAUGCGCGCCUAAUCGCCCCGAAACUCUGUAUCGGUUCGUCUAUCGACGGAUUGCGUGAUUCGUGUACUGUUCGGAUGGAACUUGAAAAUCCAGUCAAACUGUUCUACACCGCCGAUGGAAAUGUGGUCAAUGAUUUGUGCGAUUUGUACACAUGGGCCGAACGAAACUACAGACAAGUGAUCAAGCAGGCUUUGCAUUGGCAAACCUGGUGUUCCACCCCGACCUGGCCGACGGAAGAUACAUGGACCGAGGAUGCGGUAUGUUUGGACCUAAUUCGACAGACUGUACGCCGUCAGAGUGUGGAUUGUCGAGGUAGCAGUGUGGACAAAACCACGGAGCUCUUAACGACUCCGGAUGUGAUCUACUACACACAUCCAGAUGUAAAACGACUAGUGGAUAUGGGCGUUCUCCAAUCGGAUGACGGUCCCGCGAGUGACACGGAGGUGGACGGAUUUGUGGAACCGCUUAUGGCGCAUAUGCCCGAAUCCGUCGAAGAUGCAGACCUAUGGCCACAGGUCGAGCUUGCGCCUCGUGGUGAUCUAUUCCAGAUUGGUCAUGCUCAUGGCCCCGGACAAAAUCGAGAUUAUGAACUGGUAAUCAGAAUUUCCGGAAUUGUUGGUCUGCUGGAAUUCCUUCCCAGAUGCAUACUGACGGUGAAAGAGGAGACUCAACUGACCUUGGUGCUGGGCUACGAGAUUUUCGGACAUCGGAUACUAUCCGAUCUGUUUGAACCAAAUGCCACGGUUCUGGAGGAUCAGACGGAAAUUCGAAUCCGUUCACGACUGGGGCCGCUGAGGAAUUAUUUUACUCGAGUCCGUCCGGAAUUACGGGUAUCUAUGCACGCAGUGGUGGAAACUCCAGCGAAUCAAGAAACAACGGGUAAUUCCGAUUUGAACAUUGGCCCGGCUAUUGCGAGCACCAGCAUCUCUCUGAAAUCAUUGGUCAUUGUCCGCGCGACAGACGAUCAGGAGGAGCCUAACAUCCCCGAACAGCACAGCCAAUUACGAUUGAAUUCCCGAAGUUUGCAAUCCCCACGGCAUUGGACAACACAAUCUCAUGGAGAGUGUACAUUGGGGGACGAAAGUUUGUAUGAUACAGAAGACCUGGUUCCUUGUGACCUGAUUACGACCAUAUACUUGGUGGAAAAGAACUUGGAUGAAGUUCGAGGGAGAAGUCCUUCACCGGAACGGGAGAGAAAGGCCGAAAAAGAAGAGGUUGACUGGAGUAGCCUGCCCAUUGAAGUAUGGGCAUCCAGUGGGGAACAAUUUGUUCCAUUGCAUGUCGUGUACGAGGACGUGGAAAGAGUAAGGGACCGAGCGGAAUUCGUGAGACGAUCCUCGAGGACCAACGCGGAAACAAGUGAACUGACAGAUCAGCAAACUGAAACCACCAUUCCGGACGAUUCCAGAAGCACCAGUCCACAAUCCAUUCGACGAAAACUGUACAGCGCUAAUUCAAGCAAACGGAGCCUGUAUCAAAAUCCCACACUGGUCAGUGAUAAACAGUAA